AGGUAGUGAACAGCAGAGUGCGACAACAUGCUCUGUAGGCUCAGACACUGAGAAAGCAGAAGCAAAGGAGACAGGUGGUCUCUGAUAAUGGAUAAUGUUUCUACUGUAAGAAGCUUUAUUCUAUCAGGGUUAAAUGAGACAACAAAUUACAGACUAACUCUCUUCACAUUCACUUUACUGUGUUACUGUGUGAUUUUGGUUUUUAAUAUCGCUCUCAUCAUGAUCAUUAUCUUAGAUGAAAACCUACAUGAACCUAUGUAUAUUUUCUUGUGCACUUUCUGCAUUAAUGGACUUUAUGGCACCACAGGUUUCUACCCCAAAUUCCUCUUAGAUCUGCUGUCCUCUUCUCAUGAAAUCUCAUAUGAAGGUUGUCUUUUACAGGCUUUUGUCAUGUACUCUUUUGCUUGCUGUGAUUUGUCCAUUCUGGCAGUUAUGGCCUAUGACAGAUAUCUGGCUAUAUGUCGACCUCUGCACUACCACGCCUUCAUGACUAAGAAAAGGCUUUCUCAGCUGGUAUGUUUCUCCUGGCUUACACCGCUCUGCAUUCUCUCCUCCAAUAUUGUGCUGACAUCAAGACUAAAGUUAUGUAGUAGAAACAUUAGGAAACUUUUAUGUGUGAACUGGAUAAUUGUUAAACUUGCAUGCCCUGAUGCUGACACCUUUUCCAACAAUGUAGUUGCGUACAUUACAAUUUUCAUAUAUGUGUCACAUGGGUUUUUCAUAAUCUGGACAUAUAUGCAUCUUAUCAUAACAUGUGUGAGGUCCAAAGAUGACAGGGCAAAGUUUAUGCAGACGUGCGUGCCCCAUUUAGUCUCUUUAAUUACAUUUGUAAUAGCACUUGUUUUUGAUGUGAUGUAUAUGAGAUUUGGCUCCACAGAUUUACCUCAAAGUCUUCAAAACUUUAUUGCAAUAGAGUUUCUGUUGAUUCCUCCUGUCAUGAAUCCUUUAAUAUAUGGGUUUAAACUGACCAAAAUACGAAACAGAAUUUUAGGUUUGGUUUAUUUUGAAAGAAAAUUAGCUUUUCCAAGUUGAGUUAA